AUGACUGAUCCUGUGUAUAUUCCAUAUGAAUGGUACCAGCCAGGUGACAUCCUCAUUGGUGGGGUUACAUCUCAUAUCAAUUACUUGGUCCCCAAAGUUUCCUUCGAGGAAGAGCCUGUCAAGAACCUGAUAGCACGUUCACUUAGGGUGACCAAGUUCUAUCAGCACCUCCUGGCCUUGGCAUUUGCAAUUGAGGAAAUCAAUGAGAAUCCCAAGAUCCUACCCAAUGUUACUCUUGGAUUCCAUAUCCAUGACAGUUAUUCUGAUGCAAGGAUGACCUAUCGCACCACUAUGGACCUUCUCUUCAAAUCUCAUCGGUUUACCCCCAACUACAAAUGCGGCAUCCAGAAUAGACUAAUAGGAGGACUUGAAUCUGAAAUCUCUACACACAUGGUGAACAUACUGCGCAUUUACAAGAUUCCACAGUUUUCAUAUGGCUCAUUUGAACCGGGAAAGGAUGAUGCAACCAAUUUCCCUUCCUUUUACCACAUGGUCCCCAGUGAAACCCUUCAGUACACUGGAGUGGUCCAGUUACUUUUGCAUUUCAGAUGGAAAUGGGUAGGGCUCAUUGCUACAGAAGGGGACAAUGGAGACCAGUUUUUGCAAAUAUUGGAGCCAUUGCUUUCCCAGAAUGGCAUCUGUUCAGCUUUCGUGCAAAGAGCUACAAAAAGCCUGGGGUCAUUUAACACAAAGGAAAUCAUUGCUUACAUGAGCAACAAUGUUCCAGUUUUCAUGGAGAGCAAUGCCAAUGUAUUUAUUGUAUAUGGGGAAACUGCAACCAUUAUGUGGCUGGAUAUUAUGAUAUGGAUGACCACAGUAGUGCUUCCAGGAAUAUUUCCUGAAUAUAAAAGGAAGACAUCUGCAGGAAAAGUGUGGAUUGCUAUGGUCCAGAUUGAUUUUACAUUCAAUCUUUUUCGAAAGGAAUGGGAUUUACAAAUAUACCAUGGGGCUCUUUCCUUCAGUCCUCACACCAAUGAGAUCUUAGGAUUCCAAGAGUUUCUUCAGAAUAUAAACCCUUUGGAAGCAAAGGAAAACGGGUUCAUGGAGGGUUUCUGGAAGCAAGCAUUUGGUUGUUCUGUUUCAGAUCCCAGUGCACUAAUGAAUGACACUGAAACAUGUACCUGGGAAGACAGUCUGGACAGCCUUCCUCAAGCUUUCUUUGAAAUUAGCAUGACCGGUCACAGCUAUAGCAUCUACAAUGCUGUCUAUUAUGUUGCCCAUGCAUUGCAUGCUUUGUAUGCAUCUAGUUCCAACAACAAACCCAUGGAGAACAGAGACAGACUGAUGCCCCUUCUGAGUGUACAACCUUGGCAGCUCCACUCAGUUCUUCAGAGGAUUUCAUUCAACAAUAGUGCUGGAGAUCAAGUCAAGUUUACUGAACAUGGAGAAUUGGCAGUUGAGUUUGAUAUCACAAACUUGAUCACUUUCCCAAAUAACUCCUAUGUCAGGGUCAAAGUGGGUAAGCUGGAUCCUCAGGUGCCUCCAGGCAAACAGUUGACCAUUGAUGAGGACAGGAUUGAGUGGCACAUGAGACUGACUCAGAAUGACAGAAUAUUAGAAAUUAGGAUAAGUGGAGGAGCCUUUGAAAUCUCAUUAUUUGCAGAUGACCUAGUUCUGUAUGUGUCACAUCCAGAUAUAUCUCUACCAACAAUUGCCGAGGUUCUGAAAAAAAUUAAUAUGGUAAAGGUGCCUCCCAUGUCUUUGUGUAAUGCAAACUGUCAGCCUGGUUACAGUAAGACGAAGAAGGAGGGAGAGAAAUAUUGCUGCUAUAAUUGUGAACCAUGUCCAGAAGAGAUGAUUGCAUAUGAGGAUGAUAUGGAUAAGUGUAUCAGCUGCUCAGAAGAUCAUCAUCCAAACAUGGAACACAGUCAAUGCAUCCCCAAGGUCACAACUUUCCUAUAUUUUGAAGAAACGUUGGGUAGUAUUUUAGCUUUUCUGGCUCUUUUAUUUGCUCUGAUGACAGCUGUAGUGCUUGGAACCUUCAUUUGGCACCGAGAGACUCCCAUAGUCAAAGCCAACAACCGUAGCCUCUCCUAUGUUCUCCUUGCGUCUCUCCUUCUGUGCUUUCUCUGCUCUUUGCUUUUCAUUGGACAGCCUAACAAGUGUACAUGCCUCCUCCGACAAACAGCUUUCAGCAUCGUCUUCUCAGUGGCUGUUUCUUCUGUGUUAGCAAAAACCAUUACAGUGGUGGUGGCUUUCAUGGCCUCCAAGCCAGGAAACAUUUUCCAAAAAAGGCUGGGGAAAAUACUGGCACACUCAGUUGUUCUCUCCUGCUCCCUUGUUCAAGUCCUCCUUUGUGCUGUUUGGUUGGGUACAUUUCCUCCUUUCCCAGAUUUGGACAUGCACUCCCUGAGUACAGAAAUCAUACUACAGUGUAAUGAAGGAUCAGUGACAUUCUUUUACUGUGUGUUAGGCUACAUGAGUAUUCUUGCCACAGUAAGUUUCAUCGUGGCUUUUCUAGCUAGAAAGUUACCUGACAUCUUCAAUGAAGCAAAGUUCAUCACCUUCAGCAUGUUUGUUUUUUGUAGUGUUUGGUUGUCCUUUGUCCCCACCUACCUAAGCACCAAAGGGAAAUACAUGGUGGCCGUGGAGAUCUUCUCCAUCUUGGCCUCCAGUGGUGGGUUACUCGGCUUCAUAUUUUCCCCUAAAUGUUAUAUUAUAAUACUGAGGCCAGCGUUGAACAACAAAGAACAGCUUAUAAAGAGGAGGCCCUAA